AAACACGUAAACAUAUGGAUAGAGAUAGAGAGAGAGAGAGAGAGAGAGAGAGAGAGACAGUGAAUAUGUAUAUAUAUGAGCGUGUGUUUGUGUAAACUAAUCCAAUGGUGUGUGUGACGAGUGUGUGUAUAUAUAAGAGGCUAGUUAGGGUUAAUUAAUCAGUAGUGAUCAUAGAGAUCGAAUAUCAGAAAUGGGAAAAGGAAGAGCUCCAUGCUGUGAUAAGAACAAGGUGAAGAGAGGACCUUGGAGCCCUCAAGAAGACCUCAAGCUCGUCACCUUCAUCCAGAAACACGGUCAUCAGAAUUGGCGUUCCCUCCCCAAGCAAGCUGGCCUUCUUCGAUGCGGAAAAAGCUGUCGUCUGAGAUGGAUCAACUAUCUGAGGCCUGAUGUGAAGAGAGGCAACUUCACAAAGGAAGAAGAGGAAGCUAUAAUGAAGCUCCAUGAGGUCUUAGGAAACAAGUGGUCAAAAAUUGCGUCGGAGUUGCCUGGUAGAACAGACAAUGAGAUCAAAAAUGUGUGGCACACCCAUUUGAAGAAGAAAUUAUUGAAGAACAGUUCAUCAAAUAACCUGCAGUCCAGUACUGAUCAAUCCAAGCAAGAAUCAUCCAUAACCUCUUCUUCUUCAUCUUCCUCAACUGAACACCAACCAGUGAUGACGACAGCAAUAACUCCUCAGAAAACUACAGACAAUAACGAGCAAAACUCCAAAGAAAACCUUAAGGAGUCCUCACCAAAUUCCUUUCAAUAUUCAACUGAUGAUCAAUUAUCAACACCUAUCUGCAAAUUACAAGACGAUGAUCAGCUGGAACUACUUGCAGCGGCAGGUUCUUUAUUGAAUCAAGAAGGACCAGAUUAUACUACAGUACUAAACGAGGUGAUUGACAAGGGAACUAAUAAUGAUGACAGUAUUAGUGGUUUGCUUGAAAUACCAUUGGAGGCAGACGAUGAUUUUUGGAACUUGUUGGAUGAUGACAACAUGGGAGGAGGAUCCUACGUAUCAAAUGAUCAUGGUCAUCAGGUUCAUUCAUCAGAUGCUGAAACUAUGAAGUGGAUCAGGGAGAUUGAGAAAGAUCUUGGAUUGGAACCUCACGCAUCAUCUGAUGAUCUUACCACAGGAUUGUGUGACGUAGACAUAUGGCCUGAUGGUAUUGCUGGUUUCUGAGUCUUGUAGGAUUUUGUUCAUUUACUAGCUAGCUAGUUUCAGACUAUAUUUUGUGUUUUUUUUUUUUUUUUGCCUUAGGUAUCCUAACUUUAUGAUAUACAUGUGGAUGAAUAUCUCUUUAGUGAAGAUGGGGCAUGAAGUGCUCUUAAUCAUCAUGAUGAUGUAUUAUAAUAUAUAUAGCAAA